GCGUCGUCGGCCCCCAACUCCCCCGCGGAGGCAGAAGAAGAGCACGUGAGGUCCAUCCUCUCGCAGCCCGAGUCGCUGUGGCAGCAGGUCGCUGCGAGGCAGCUCCUGUUGCGGCAACAGGCCGAGCAGGCCAACGCUCAGCUGCGGACGCUGGUGGAGACGUGCGUGCGCCAGACCAAGAACCUCAAGCGGAUGCUCAGUCGACGCAACGACUCAGAGACGCUUGAGCUCAUUGGGUUGAAGCGCCGAAAGCAGUGAUCAGGGAACGGGAUCUGCUCUGCUCUGCCAUGGUCUUCUCCCCCUCCUCUCCUGUUCUGAGUUGAGUCGAGGCCCGUUGACUACAUAACGACGUUAUUCUCCGAUCACGACUCAACCAACUGAAUUGGACGUUAUGGCGUGCGCACUUGGAGACGAGAUGGAGUCGCUGCAGGCCACGCUCGACUUCAUUGCCGGCUACGACCUCCCACAGACCGGGCUCCAAGGCCUGGACACGAUCGAGGAGGAAGAUAGGGAGCUCAUUGCGGGCGGAGACGACGUCGACCUCAGCUCGGAGGACGACGUCUCGGUGGUCGUAGGAGCGCUCUGUAGUCCAGAUCACUCAUCAUUUUCAUCGCGUUUUCAUACAACUUUUCUUAGGAUUACUCGGAGAAAUUAAUUUUGUGGCUGAAUGGUUG